AACACCUUCUUCUCUGAAAUUGGCAUUGGGAUCUCAGCCAACAGCUUCCUUCUUCUCUUCUACCUCUUCAAGUUCAUUCGUGGGCACAGGCCCAGGCCCACUGAGGUGCACAUUGUUCUGCUGUCCCUAAUCCACCUACUGAUGCUAAUGUUCAUAGCAUUCAUAGCCAUGGACAUUUUUAUUUCUUUGAGGGGAUGGGAUGACACCAUAUGUAAACUCAUUGUCUACUUGUACAGAAUUUUUAGGGGCCUCUCCCUUUGUACCACCAGCCUGCUGAGUGUCCUCCAGGCCAUCAUCCUCAGUCCCAGAAGCUCCUGUCUAGCCAAGUUCAAGCACAAAUCUGCCCAUUACAUCUCAUGUGCCCUUCUUUUUCUGAGUGUCCUCUAUAUGCUCAUUAGCAGUCAUCUCUUAGUAUCAAUUUUUGCCACUCCCAAUUUGACUUCAAAUAACUUCAUGUAUGUUACUAGGUCCUGUUCUGUCCUACCCAUGAGUUACCUCAUGAAAAGCACAUUUUGUACACUGAUGGCCAUCAGGGAAGCCUUUCUUAUUAGUGUUAUGGUCAUCUCGACUUGGUACAUGGUGGCUCUCUUGUGCAGGCACAGGAAGCAGGCCCAGCAUCUUCACAGCACCAGGCUUUCUCCAAAAGCAUGCCCAGAG